GCGUCCGACGAUUACUACGAGCACGCGAAGAAGGGGCGGCGCUUUAACCGCGUGAGCCCAAAAAUGGCGUCGGAGCCGGCGUUUAACGAAAUCGUCCACCGCUUUUGCAACUACGUUCGCAUGGAUCCGCGGUUCGCCCGAAGGCCGUUCCUGGACGUCGGCGUGCACGUCAUACGCAUCAAAUCUGACGAGUCCGUCCCGGACAUGCGCGGUCAGGUGGUGCCCGAGGGUAUGCACCAGGACGGGUUCGACUACGUUGCGCUGGGGUGCCUCGGCUCGGUCAACGUGAAGAAGGACUGGAGGACGUACGUGUUCGCCGGUGGACCGGACGGGAGCAAGCCGGACGUGGAGACGGAGGAGCCAUUCUUCAGCCACCACCUCGGACCGGGGUCGAUGAUCUUCCUCGACGACGCCAAGUGCUGGCACGACGCCGACGACCUUCACCAGGCGGACGCGUCAAAGCCGGGGUGGAUUGAUCUUAUCGUCGUCACCCUCGCGGCGGAGGGCAACAUGCAGGAGAAGGGCGCGGGGAUGUCGGUCCAGUACCUGUCGAGGUGAGCGUCCGUUCGUGUACAAACAGUUUGGAUUACAAUCGUUACAACAACGGUUCGAUGUACAACAAGCGAGCAGAGUGUUUUCAGAGAAGAAAGAGCAGCGAAUGUUCAGAAAGAAUUCUUUUGACGGGCGCCCCGUGAUCCGCGCCCCAUUGUUUUUUGUAAUGUAAGACCAUCUCAUCUGUUUCAUCUC